CAAAGAGGAGGAGGAGGAGGAGGAGGAUCAUCCCGAGCUCCGCCUCCCCGGAGGUCCUUCCACUGCUGCCGCGUUCCAUGCGGGAGUGUCAGCAUCAGCAGCAGCAGCAGCGCCCAUUUCUGCCCUGCGCAGGGGGCGGGGAAGCAGGCCGGAGAGAGAGAGAGAGAGAGGGAGGGAGCGUCCGGCUUCUCCUGGCUUUGCUCGCGGGCCUCUCUCUCUCUCUCUCUCUUUCCUCUCCUUCCAUUCCCAGCCCUUCUCUCUCCCUCUCCCUCUCUCCCUCCUUCCACCCGCGGCGCCGGGGUCCCGUGGGCGCAUGGAACUGCUGUGCGGGGAAGCGGGUCCGGCGCGGCGGGCCAAGCGGGACCCUCGGCUCCUGGCCGACCGGCGCGUCCUCCGCAAUCUGCUCCUCCAGGAAGAGCGCUACACCCCCCGCGCCUCCUACUUCCAGUGCGUCCAGAAGGAGAUCCAGCCCUACAUGCGGAAGAUGUUGGCCUUCUGGAUGCUGGAGGUUUGCGAAGAGCAGAAAUGUGAAGAGGAGGUGUUCCCCCUGGCCAUGAAUUACGUCGAUCGCUACCUGUCCUGUGUCUCCACCCGGAAAAACCACUUGCAGCUUUUGGGAGCUGUCUGUAUGCUUCUGGCCUCCAAACUGCGGGAGACCACACCUCUCAGCGUGGAGAAACUCUGCAUCUAUACGGACAAUUCCAUCACACCGUGUGAAGUUUUGGACUGGGAGUGUUUAGUUCUAGAGAAGCUAAAAUGGGACCUAGUGGCAGUAAUAGCAAACGACUUCUUGGAUCAUAUUCUCCAGCGGCUGCCCCUUCCCCAGCAGAAGGUGGACUUGGUGAAGAAACACGCACAGACGUUCAUUGCAUUGUGUGCUACAGAUUACACAUUUGCAAUGUACCCACCUUCCAUGAUUGCUACAGGCAGCAUUGGAGCGGCAGUCCACGGCCUCUCUACCUCAUCCAGUGAUUUUUCCGGCGAGGCGCUUAUGGAGUUGCUUGCUAGUACAACUGGCACAGAAGUGGACUGUCUGAAAGCUUGUCAGGAGCAGAUUGAAGCUGCCUUGGCCGAGAACCUGAAGCAGACCUCCCAGCCACGGCAGGAAUACAGCUCCUCCAAGAAUGCCGCUUACUCCGACAGCCAGGAGGUCACCCCCACCGGCACUCCUACGGAUGUCACCGACAUCAACCUGUGACCAAGCCUUCCCUGUGACCACCCAGAUCCCAGCAAGUAGAACCUGGCACAGAAAAGGAAGGAGAGGACUGGGUUGCUGUGAGUUUUCCGAGCUGUAUGGCCAUGUUCCAGAAGCGUUCUCUCCUGACGUUUCACCCACAUCUAUGGCAGGCAUCCUCAGAAGUUGUGAAGUCUGUUGGAAACUAAGCAAGUGGGGUUUAUAUAUCUGUGGAAUGUCCAAGGUGGGAGAAAUAACUCUUUGUCUAUUUGAAGCAAGUGUGAAUGUUGCAAUUGGCGAGUUUGAUUAGCAUUGAAUGGACUUGCAGCUUCACAGCCCGGCUGCUUCCUGCCUGGAGGAAUGCUUUGUUGGGAGAUGAUUAGCUGGCCCAGAUUUCUUGUCUGGAAUUCCCUGUUUUCUGAGUGCUGUUCUUUAUUUACUGUCCUGAUUUUAGAGUUUUUUUAAAAAAAAUACUGGUAGCCACAUCAGCCACGAAUCAGAUUGACUACAUCCUUUGCAGCCAAAGGUGGCGGACAUCCAUCCACUUGGUGAAAACAAGACCUGGGGCUGACUGUAGUUCAGAUCAUGAACUUCUUAUUGCACAAUUUAGAAUUAGACUAAAGAGAUCAGGGGCAACACACAUCGAACCAGUCCAUACUUCAGGAAAUAAAGCCCAACUGCUCACUGGAGGGAAGGAUAUUAGAGGCAAAGAUGAAGUACUUUGGCCACAUCAUGAGAAGACAGGAUAGCUUAGAGAAGACAAUUAUGCUGGGGAAAAUGGAAGGAAAAAGGAAGAGGGGCUGAUCAAGGGCAAGAUGGUUGGAUGGUAUCCUUGAAGUGACUGGCUUGAAGGAGCUGGGGGUGGAGCUCUGAAGGAGCUGGGUGUGGUGACAGCUGGCAGGGAGCUCUGGCAUGGACUGGUCCAUGAGGUCACAAAGAGUUGGAAGCAACUGAACGAAUAAACAACAGCCACAUUUUGUUCGUUUUCAUGUUAGUCUUUUCUGUUGAAAUUGUCCAUAUGCUUGUGGAUUUCAAUGGCUUCUCUGUGUAGUCUGACAUGGUAGUUUUUAGAGUGGUCUAGCAUUUCUGUGUUUUCGAAUAAUAUGUUGUGUCCAGGUUGGUUCAUCAGGUGCUCUGCUAUGGCUGACUUCUCUGGUUGAAUUAGUCUGCAGUGCCUUUCAUGUUCCUUGAUUUGUGUUUGGGCAAUGCUGCAUUUGGUGGUCCCUAUGUAGACUUGUCCACAGCUGCAUGGUAUAUAGUAGACACCUGCAAAAAUGAGAGGAUCCCUCUUGUCCUUGAUGAGCAUACCAUUUGUUGGAUUUCCUUAUUGGGUUUGUAGAUGGUUUGUAGGUUGUGGAGAGGAGAGGACAUUUUGCUUGCCUGCAUUCAUCACCAAAGACCGAAGGAAGUUCAAGAAGAUUUCCCCAGUGAACAUCGACAUUGUAAUAAGGCCGUGGUGAAAUUGGGUCUUAGAGGAACAGGGUGGGGCUCAGACAGGAAAAGGCAUUUUGCAGUAGGGCAGUUUCUGUCUUGCAAACCUGAUUUUUUUUGGAAUGAUUGGAACAUGGUUCAGCUUGGAAAGGCAAGUUCUGGGUCUUCGUUCCAAACAUUCUUCAGUUUGGGUUUGCUUCGUUGCUGUUAUCUUAACUAUGUUGUCUUAACUGUUUCUGUGUGCCUGCUGCAUGCAUGUCAGGAGAUGUAACACACUUUUGUUACCUAAACGACUCGCCUUCACCUUCAGUGAAGACAUUUUAAGUAUUCGCCUGAGACCUCCUUGGCUGAAACUGCUUUUCUCUUGCUGCCAUGUAUGGGCAACUGGUGAGAGACCAAGUGAAGCACUAGCUUAGUGGCUUCCUUUUCCAGUUUUGCUCAAUACUAAAAAAAUAGUCUUAGUUAUCCUUUAAAGGUUAGUAGUAGUAGGCUUGAAGGUUAAUAGUAGCACAGGUCCUUUAGUCUUUCAGUGGAAAUGAGUGGGUUUUGGCCAGCUUUGUAUAGGUGCUUGUAAAGUGCUGCUUGCCAUAGUGAAAACUUGGGGACAGGGGGAGAAAUCCUCUCAUCACAGUAGGCUGAAGCAAUAAAUUGUCCUUGCACCCAAUUGCCUUUUCUUACUCCCCAGAACCCCUGAGCAACUUUAUUUAUUUUGUGGACUAAGUAUUAUAAAACUGCAGAGUGGGGGAAGGGGCUUGAUAGUGUUUGUUUAUCUCUUCUUGACGUCCAAAACUAGUGCCUUAAUGUUCUCCCUUAUUCUCCUUCAUACCUCUGGGUUGCUUAGUUUGAGAGAUUAGUCAGUGUUGAAGUCAAUCCACAUUCAGAGUACACCCAAAAAGUGCUGCUAUAACUUGUAUGUAGAAAUCCCCCCUUUGUCUUCAUUGCCAAAAAGAGAGAAAGAAAGACAGAAAGAAAGAAAGAAAGAAAGAAAAGAGGCAGGAGAGCUACAUGCAAAGGAUGGGUGGAGAAGUAAUAGGAAAUCAAAGCUAUUGGAUUGCCUGCUUUUAUAACGGGGGUCAAAGAUUAACCUCUUUCCCCGAAAGAGUUUACAAUAUGAUGAGCGGCAGACUGCACUGGAGUCGAUAGUUGUAUUCUUGUUCAGGAAAAAAAGGGUUUGUUUGUUUCUAAAUGCUGCUUUUUAUAAGAAAUCACUUUUGAGAAUUAUCAGGUAUGAAUAAACAGUCAUGAUGGGUAUAACUGUCCAUUUGGAAAUGCUCCAGUUGGAAAACAAUAUGGACUGAUGCUACCUAGAACACCACUGGAGACCACGUUUGCCAACGAGAAAAAGGUGCUUCUUUGCUAUUUCUCUUUCUCCUCAUUGUGCUUAAGCUGUUCAGUCAUAACAGAAGUGCUACUGGCAGAUCUGGUAAAUGGGAAGUCAGUAUCCUAAAAACUUCAUAGAAGUUUGGAAUUGAGGGGAAAUUAUUUUUAUAGAUCCACUUAUAUCUGUAUCUAUAUUUUACAGCUUUAAAGAAAGUUUGUCCAUAUUAUUCAUCAUCACUUGAAAUCUGAUUGUUCUGAAAACCCUUUUGUAAUAUUGCAAUAAAGGAUUGUAAAAAAAAAAA